AUGAGUGUGGCCACCCCAGCAUUUCUGACCUAUACGGACAGCAACACUGCUCGAUUCUCCUCUCAGGCCAUGCACAGGUGCCCAUCAAAAAAUACCAGGCAGCCAGUCUUUGUGCAGCUGUUACAGGCAGUGUUUAGAGUCUACCACUGUAACUGGCUGAUCCCACUCCAGAAGGGCUGUGUUGAGAACUGUAUCAAGGUGCUGUCUGAUGUCGCCAAAGGCAGAGCAAUAGCCAUCCCUGUGGACCUGGACAACCAGGUAAACAACCUGUUUGUGAAAUCCAUUAACAUUGUCCAGAAGACAGCCAUGUGCUGGAGACUUUCUGUUCGCAAUGCUGCCCGCAGAGACUCUGUGGUGACCGCGUCACGGGACUAUAGGAACAUCAUAGAGAGGCUGCAGGACAUUGUGUCGGCUCUCGAAGACCGUCUGCGUCCGUUGGUCCAGGCCGAGCUGUCAGUUCUGGUGGAUGUGUUGCAUCGGCCCGAGCUGCUCUUUCCUGAAAACACAGACUCGCGCAAGAAGUGUGAGAGCGGAGGCUUCAUAUGCAAGCUGAUCAAACAUACCAAGCAGCUGCUCGAGGAAAACGAGGAGAGGCUGUGCAUCAAAGUUCUGCAGACGCUGCGAGAGAUGAUGACAAAAGACCGGGGUUAUGGAGAGAAGGUAGGAGACGCUGUCAAGCCAGACAUCAUAUACUCAGCUCUCAUAAACACAAUAUGUACGCAUACUGUACAAUGA